UGGGAGACAAUAGAGGUCUUAACCGGAAGUGAGUCAGCACUGUUGCCACGCUGUAGAAGAAAGUGUUGGAGAUGGGCAGGCCGCCACUCCGACACCAUCAGCCAUCAGACAAGGACGGAGGAUUCAUGAAUCAUUAACAUGGUGAACUCCGGGAACUGUGUGCCGCAGCAUGAAGAAACUGAAAGCAAAAGGUCUUCGUCCCUCUGCCAUCUUCUUAAUACACGUUCCAUUCCACGGUGCGGACCAAAGAUGAAAUUCACAAGCCUGCUCUUUGUCUGCUUUCUAACUGAAUUGACUCUUGGAACACAAGGGUUGGUGAGCGUCAGCAACGUUACAGCCGAGUGUGGCAAGUCAGUGACAAUACGCUGCAACGUGUCAAAACAGAGGGAUGGGCUCUCAGUCAAACACAUGGAGUGGUCCCAAAACCACAAGCCUUUGUGUCAAGUGAACAGUGGGGGGGAAUUGAAGCACAGCAAAAAUACCAAAAGCGACUUCCGCUGCGAGUAUCAAAAAGGCCAGCUGUCGCUCAUCUUUGAAAAAGUGCUGCCGGAGGAUAGCGGCGCUUCAAACCGCUACAUGUGCAAACUGCGCUCCAACUGGGGAAUUUCACAUGGAUACAGCUGGAUAGAACUGCAAGAGUGCUGCGGGACGGUCAAAGGCGUUUUGACGAAGGACGGCCCUGUCUGCACGUUCAGCGACGUCUAUCCGGAUGCAGAAGUGUUGUGGUCUCACGCGUCCCAAAGCCAACCGGAGGCACCUGGAAGGCAGAGCACUUUUAAAAGUGUGGAAGAAGGCGGCUGGGUAACCAUUCGUAGCCAGUUGGAAGGGAAUUCCAACGGGGCCUUCAACUGUACCUUGAAGCGCAUCGACUCUGGAAGACAAAUUGUUUGCAAUUCGUCUGAGGAUGCCCAAAUCCUCGACGGAUAUGGACUAAAACCUCAGGGGUUCACACAGAAUAUUGUGAAUGGUUCCGGAGCUCUUGACCCUUUCAUGAAAAUUCUGUUGAUAUCAAUCCUAGUUGUUAUAAUGCAGAAAUGAAGGUUUUGCUGAAGGAAUUCCAGAGAACUGAGUGUGAUUAGACUCUUUUCACGAUCAAUGUGCUACCCCUGGGCUCAAUCCUCCGCCACCAUGGGAUUCACUCACCGCCAUGCAAAUGACACACAGGUCAACAUCUUCUCCAAUCCCGCUCCUACCUUUUCCCUCCCCACUUGGCUGGAUGACUUUAUGUGCCAUGAGCUGUGCUUUUGUUGAUUUUCUUUCUUUGACUUUUUUUUCUUGUGUGCCUUUGUUCAGGUUUUGCUCAUUAGGUUUUGGUUUCCACCUUUUGUCGUCAGCCGAGUCUCUUGUGUCUCCCAAUCAGCUCCCUCAGCUUACUUAUGUCUUGUCCAGGUGUUCCUCGUUGUCUCGUCAGUUUGCUUGCAUUAAUGUUGCAUUCGGGAAAGGUGGGAAGUUGAAUUUAUCCCUCUCGGAUCGUCCCGGUUCCGGCCUCAAAGUGUUUGAGACGAAUGUAAACAACAAAGAAGGCUGAUUCAGAUAAAUUCUUUGUUGCUCUGGUUCAUCACAACGCAUUUUGACCUCCAGCAAACCUUCAUAAUUUUAUUCAUUUCAUCAAGUAACUUCAUGCAUGGAGAAAUUGACAUAUCAUUGUCAGUAUGAAUCACAUUGUGUUAUGUGAAGUUCUGUCAAAUAAUUGAAAGAAUGUAAUAAAAAUGUAAAAUGCUAACUCGGAUCUCCCAGUUCAAAGGAGUUUUCUAGUGCACUUUUCCUGAUCGGAAGUCAUAAUACUCUGACUUCCCACCUUCCUCGAAUGCACCAUAAAUUCCCUUGUUUUCCAUCUUUGCUGGUUCACUCAUUUGUUGCUAUCACAUGUUAAAGCCUUUAUGUGUCCUCGUUUUCCCCAUGGCAAUGAAUGUUUUGUUUCUUUCUUUCUUUCAAUCUUUAUUUGUGAGACUUGGUGAGUUUGGUGUUUUGUUUCAUCCCAGUACCUUGUUUGAGUUUUUGUUUUUUUGUCAAAUAAAUAAUUUUUUUUAGAUUCCUGCUGCUCGCCGGUCUUGCCUUCCUGCUUCCCUGCACUUGGGUCCUCCAAAUUCUACCACAAAUCCUAACAUUAUGAUCUGAAUGAAUAAAAACUUGCUCACGCUAAAUCGCAAUAAAACCGAGGCACUGUUCAUCAUCUCAAGAUGCACCCUCUCCAAGUCACACUCACUCCUGCUCUACCAUUCAUGGUGGGUACCCUUUUUCUGUUGUACUUUUUAACCCAUACUUUGUCAGGUGGCCUCGGGUAUCAUGAAAGGCGCAUCUAAAUAAAAUUAUUUAUCUCUUGUGUGGUUUAGUAACAAUGAAAUACUGCAUUGCUGACAAAGACCAAGGGAGUGCUGCUGGCACGGUCCAAAGUUUUAUGAUUGUGUUUUCACUUCCUGAUUUGAUGUGAACAAGGAAUUCACACACUGUUGAGUGGUGAUAACAAGGGAGCGGCUUACCAUCAUUGCCAAAACAAACGACAUAUCUCCUGAAACUGGGUCAAAUUUAAUAUAUGGACAAAA